AGAAGCUUAAUAGUGUCGGGACAGUGCAGUGACAGCGGACAAGAGGAGGAAAAAUCAUUUGGGCUCUUCUGGAAACGGGAUGCAGAGAAGAGUUGAUACUACAGCACGGGCAGAAGGAGAAGAGGCGGGAGGUGAGGAAGUCUGCUAAUGAUUUGUUGCAGGGCGCAAAGACCAAAUCCGACUUGCGAUCAUGCCUCAUGCGAUCUUCACCUUCAUCCUCGCAGUGGCCCCUUGCUGAUAGGGGAAAUCAGGAACAAGGAUGGACUACCACCCCCAACCUGUGUGCUACAGCCGCAAGACUACACCAGCAUCAGCUGCUUGCUGAGCACCUCUGAUCACAUCUCAGUUUGGGGCCUUCGUGCCCUGGGACAGUCCUGGGAGAUCAAGGGAGGAGGUGGGGGAGGAAGAAGAGGAGGGGCAGGUGCAGCUAGUAGAAGGAGGGGUGCAGAACAAGGAGAGUGCUGUGCUGAGGAGAGCAGAGGCUGGACGUCCCGGCUCAACGGACGGAGGUCUGGGGGAGUCCUUGGUGGGAGACAAAGACGCCAAGGAUCGACUGGAUCAGGAAGAUGCCCUCUCGCUGCAGGAAUGCGCUGAACAUUGUGGUCACCACCCUUUUUGCCGCGGUGGUUCUCUUUACCAUCCUGCUUGCCUAUGUUACAGGCUACCAGUUCAUCUACACUGAGCAGCACCAUCUCUCUUUUGGCCUCUAUGGGGCCUUCCUUUCCCUCCAUCUCCUCCUCCAGAGCCUCUUUGCCUUCCUGGAGCAUCGGCGGAUGAGGAGCCCCUCCCAGCCACAGCACCUCCGUAGGUCCGUGGCUCUCUGCAUUGCUGCUUACCAGGAGGACCCAGACUACCUGAGGAAAUGCCUUCGCAGCGUCCGCCGAAUCUCCUUCCCUGGUCUGAAGGUGGUGCUGGUAGUGGAUGGGAACCGGCCAGAGGACAGCUACAUGAAUGACAUUUUCCUAGAGGUGAUGGGCGGGGCUGACCAGGCUGGCAGGAUGGUGUGGAAGGGAAACUACCACAGUGACGGGAGUGGAGGUGGAGGAGUCAGAGGUGACGGGAGGAGCACAGUGCACAUGGAGGAGGCAGCACGAGUGGCUCGGCUGGUCAGAGGCUGCCGCUUCUCCUGUAUCAUGCAGAAGUGGGGAGGGAAAAGAGAGGUCAUGUACACUGCCUUUAAAGCACUUGGGGACAGUGUGGAUUAUUUGCAGGUGUGUGACUCAGACACUGUUCUAGACCCAGCAUGCACCAUAGAAAUGCUGAAGAUCCUUGAGGAAGAUCCUAUGGUGGGAGGGGUUGGUGGAGACGUGCAGAUUCUUAAUAAAUAUGACUCCUGGAUCUCCUUCCUAAGUAGCGUACGCUACUGGAUGGCUUUCAACAUCGAGCGGGCCUGCCAGUCCUACUUUGGGUGUGUCCAGUGUAUCAGCGGGCCUCUGGGGAUGUAUAGGAACUCUUUGCUCCAGCGCUUCCUGGAACCCUGGUAUCACCAGACCUUCCUGGGCUCCAAGUGCAGCUUCGGUGAUGACCGCCACCUCACCAAUCGGGUGCUCAGCUUUGGCUACAAGACUAAAUUCACAGCACGAUCGCAUUGCCAGACUGAGACACCCACCCAGUAUCUGCGUUGGCUCAACCAGCAGACUCGAUGGAGCAAGUCUUAUUUCCGCGAGUGGCUGUAUAACGCCCUGUGGUUCCACAAGCACAGCCUCUGGAUGACCUAUGAGUCCGUGGUCACAGGCUUCUUCCCUUUCUUCUUGGUUGCCACCGUCAUCCAUCUCUUCUACCGUGGAAGGCUUUGGAACAUCCUGCUUUUCUUAUUAACAGUCCAACUGGUCGGGAUGGUGAAGGCCACCUACGCCUGUUUCCUGCGUGGCAGUCUGGUGAUGAUCUUCAUGUCCCUGUACUCUCUGCUUUACAUGUCCAGCCUGCUCCCCGCCAAAAUAUUUGCCCUGCUCACCAUCAACAAGGCUGGAUGGGGCACUUCAGGCCGCAGGAAGAUCGUGGUAAACUUCAUUGGCACUGUACCUGUCACAGUCUGGGCUAUGGUGCUCUUCGGGGGGGUGGCAUAUACAAUCUACUGUGAAACACAGGAGCCAUUUAGUGAGAGAGAGAAAGCCUUGUUGAUAGCAGGGACAAUACUCUAUGCCUGCUACUGGCUCAUUCUGCUGGUUCUUUACCUGUCAAUCGUAGCCAAACGGUGUAACAAGCGGGAAGAACAGUAUCACCUGCCAUAUGCAGAAGCAUAAACCUGCUACCAGGUAGGACAUUGACACCGGGUUUCAGUGCAGUGGGGCUGUACCAAUGCACUGCUAAACUGAUGAACUGUGAAUCACAAACACAAUCACAUCUUCAUCAUGAAUGUUGAAAAGAUGUGAAUCUGAAAUCUGAGCAUCUGGAAUCCAUUCCAGUUGGGGGAGACUCAGUGAUUAGUGGAUCCAGAGAGCUUGCAAUAGGUACAGUGCUGUGCUUUCAAUAAAUAUAAAGUAGGUAAAGGAACAAACUGAGACUUUUUGUGUCCAUCAUUUUGAUAGAGACGAGAUGGGGUCAAAUGUGACACAUCUAAACAUCUAUAUAGACUAUAGAUUGCAAGGUAAUUUUCCAAGUCCAAGCACCUCUACACCAGAAAAGAAGAGGGUAAUGACUGGGCAUGAUACAAGCUAAUUUGCUCUAGGCGGCACAAAAUACAUCGUAGAAAUGUUUCAUCUUAAAUGUAGUACUGUGCAUUCAUCUCCACUCUUUAUAAAAAUACGAAGUUAGAGAAUACCCAGGAGUAAGAGAAA